CCGGUAAUCCUCUAACGGCUCUGGGUGUCAGCUGAUCCUCCUCUGCUGGAGGAAAACAUUGGUGCUCGCUGGGAGAAACAUGGCGGCAGAGAUCCACUCCAGGCCCCAGGCGGCUCGGCCGGUCCUCCUCAACAAGAUCGAGGGACACUCGGACACCGUCAACGCGGCCGUUUUGAUACCGAAGGAGGACGGAGUGAUCACGGUCAGCGAGGACAGAACCAUCCGGGUGUGGCUGAAAAGGGACAGCGGUCAGUACUGGCCCAGCAUCUUCCACACAGUGUCCUCGCCGUGUUCCAGCAUGUCCUACCAUCAUGACAGCAGGCGCAUCUUCAUAGGCCAGGACAACGGGGCGGUGGUGGAGUUUCUCAUCUCUGAAGAUUUCAACAAGAUGAACCACGUUAAAACCUACCCAGCCCACCAGAACCGCGUGUCGGACAUGGCGUUCUCCCUGGACAGCGAGUGGCUGGUCAGCACGGGACACGACAAGAGCGUCAGCUGGAUGUGCACCCAGAGCGGCAGCAUGCUGGGGCGACACUACUUCAGCUCCUGGGCGUCCUGCCUGCAAUACGACCACGACACGCAGCACGUCUUCGUGGGAGAUUACUCUGGACAGAUCACUCUGCUGAAACUGGAGAAGCAGACGUACUCCACCGUCACCACGCUGAAGGGCCACGAAGGAAGCAUAGGAGCCCUGUGGUGGGACCCGGUCCAAAGGCUGCUGUUCUCAGGGGCCUCGGACCACAGCAUCAUCAUGUGGGACAUCGGGGGCCGGAAGGGACGGACUCUGCUUCUCCAGGGACAUCACGAGCGCGUCCAGGCGCUGCGUUUCCUCCAGUUCACCAGGCAGCUGCUGUCCUGCUCGGCCGACGGCGGCAUCGCGGUGUGGAACAUGGACGCCCGCAGAGAGGAGGCGCCGCAGUGGUUGGACAGCGACUCCUGUCAGAAGUGUGAGCAGCCAUUCUUCUGGAACAUCAAGCAGAUGUGGGACACUAAGACCCUGGGACUGAGACAGCACCACUGCAGGAAGUGUGGGAAGGCGGUGUGCGGGAAAUGCAGCUCCAAACGCUCCACCUUCCCAAUCAUGGGCUUCGAGUUCCCGGUGCGCGUGUGCGACGCCUGCUUCGACUCCAUCAAAGAGGAAGAUCGGGCGCCGCUGGCCACCUUCCACGAGGGGAAACACAGCAUCGCCCGCAUGGACAUGGACCCGUCCAGAGGCCUGAUGGUCACCUGUGGAAGCGACCGCAUCGUUAAGAUCUGGGACAUGACACAGGUGGUCGGCAGUGGCUUAGCAACAGGCUUCUCCCCGCGCUGAUUGGCUCGGACCACUACACCCCACCCCACAGCCCCACCCUCUUCUUUCUGCUUCCUGACGGUCGACAGAGACUCUGACUGAUGUGGACUUUUGUUCUGGUCUCAAACAGAACCCGAAGCACAAUGAAUGAAUGAAUGAAUGAAUGAAUGUCAGUGUGAGUGUGUGUGGCGGGGGGGCUAAUGUUUACACUGCAGUCAUCCCAUUACUCUUUGAUAAAGGUCUUUUUUCCCCAUAAA